AGAUGUUUGCUCACGUGCAUAGCAAAGGGAAAACGUCGACCUACCGAUCUGGACAGGUGGACAUUGACAUUAAAGCCAAUUAAGAAUUGAAUUCAGCAAAUAGUUAAAAAAGUAUGAAUAAACACCUGCUUACAACUUUAGUUGCCGUUGGCUCUGCUGCAUUUGGUUCAUAUCAUUAUGGAAUUUAUAAAGAAAGACAGAAGCACAGUGACAUAUUGCCGCUGAAACAAGCCGAACUCUUGCAUAAGCAUUCACAGAAACCAGGUUUUCCCCUCUUUGCCUCAGUAUCUGCCGCUGUACCUGCCACCACCCCCACCGCACAAGAUGUUAAUCUUACCGCUACUCCCAGUCGUGUAUCGGAAAUUAUGAAAUUUGGAUUCCCUAGUCUGGACUCAGUGCGAAGUUACUCGGACUUUGUUCUUAGCUAUGAUCGUAGAAAUCGUGUUCCAUACUGGGUUUUUGAACAUCUUACAGCCGAGUCUAUAGCUAAAAACGAGGCGGUGGAUAGAUCUAAAUGUGAAUUUAGGCCCGAUGAUAGCAUUCAUCCUUAUUUCCAAUCACAAAACUCCGAUUAUAGACGUUCAGGCUUUGACCGCGGUCAUAUGGCUGCUGCUGGAAAUCACAAACGCCAUCAGAAACACUGCGAUGAUACAUUCUAUCUUACCAAUAUGGCGCCACAAGUGGGUCAAGGUUUCAAUCGUGACAGCUGGGAGCGGCUAGAAUACUAUACACGUACUCUGACCAAAACCUAUCCAAACGUGUAUGUAUGCACGGGACCACUCUACUUGCCACGUCAAGAAGAUGAUGGCAAAAAAUAUGUUAAAUAUCAGGUGAUAGGAAACAAUAACGUGGCCGUACCCACACAUUUCUAUAAAAUAAUUGUUGGCGAAACCUCGGACAAUCGCUUGGAGAUGGAGGCGUAUGUUAUGCCCAAUCAAGUGAUCAGCGAUGACACGCCUUUGACAGUUUUUCAAGUCCCCCCAGAGUCUGUGGAAAGAGCAGCAGGCCUUUUAUUUUUCGACAGGAUCAAUAAGAAACAAUUGACCAAAAUCAAUGGUAAAAAAGUGUAGUUUGUGCAAUUUUAUUUAAAAAGUUCAAUUUUGUUUAAUAUUUAAUUAUAUGUGAAAAGUAUUUGUGUGAGGCAUGUUUCAAAAACCAUCAGUGCAAAAUAGUUCAUAAAUGCAAUUGGAGUUCAAUAAAGUAUUUAUAUUAAAUUUUUAUUUAAAAAUUA